AUGAUAGACUACGAGAGAAGCAACAAUAACACCAAGAACAUCAACCAUCAUCGGAAUCCUCCGUCUUCUUCCUCCUCUGAUCUUCUUCCCGACGGUAAUGGGGCCACCGUGACCCAGAAGAGGAAACGGAGACCCGCCGGGACACCAGAUCCGGAGGCGGAAGUGGUAUCUUUAUCACCAAGAACACUACUAGAAUCGGAUCGGUACGUGUGUGAGAUCUGUAACCAAGGUUUUCAGAGAGACCAGAAUCUACAGAUGCAUAGGAGACGACAUAAAGUACCAUGGAAGCUUCUAAAGAGAGAGACCAACGAGGAAGUGAGAAAGAGAGUCUACGUUUGUCCAGAGCCGACUUGUCUCCACCAUAACCCUUGCCACGCACUCGGAGAUCUCGUAGGAAUCAAGAAACAUUUCAGAAGGAAACACAGUAAUCACAAGCAAUGGAUCUGCGAGAGAUGCUCCAAAGGCUAUGCUGUUCAAUCUGAUUACAAAGCUCAUCUCAAAACCUGUGGCACUCGUGGCCACUCUUGCGACUGUGGUCGCGUUUUCUCCAGAGUGGAGAGUUUCAUAGAGCACCAAGACAAUUGCACCAUGCGUCGAUCUCAACCCUCCAGCCACCGUUUACAGCCGCAACAGCAACAUACCGCAAACGCUACACAAACCGCUUCCACCGCGGAAAACGCAGACCUCUCCAUUGGUCCUGUAUUGCCUGGGCAUCCUUUGUUAAGACAAUCCCAACCGUCUGACCAACAACCAUCAGAUUUGCGCUAUCCUUUCGUUUCUUCAUGCGCUACGAAUGGUAGUAGCAUCGAGCUUCAGCUACUUCCAUCGAGGAAUAACGCAGAUGAGACGAGCCUUAGUCUGUCCAUAGGGAUGGAUCAGACGAUAAUGUCAGAAGUUGAGAGGAAGAGGUACGAGAAGGGAGAGACGAGUUUACUAUUUGGAGAAAGAGAGGAAGCAAGAAGAGAGGCCAAGAGGCAGAUAGAGAUUGCGGAAUUGGAGUUUGCUGAAGCCAAGAGAAUAAGGCAACAUGCAAAAGCUGAGCUACAUAAAGCUCAACUUUAUAGAGAAGAAGCAAGUAGAAGGAUUAGUGCUACUAUGAUGCAAAUCACUUGCCAUAAUUGUAAGAAACAUUUUCAAGCCGUUGCUGCCUCGGUUCCUCCUCCUCCACCUUCUCAGAUGCCUUGUACCGAUGAGAGUACGUCUCUUGCCGUGAGCUAUGUGUCUUCGGCGACUACCGAAGGGGAAAAGGCGAGUGAUAGAGCUUCUUCAUAG